CCUAUUUUAUCUUUCCACUUCUCACGAAGUCACGAGUCCCGAAUCAGGAGUCGCCUUGUAGAACCCUGGAAUCGCUGGAUAGACAGCUUAAAAGGAAGAGAGAACCAGGAGCUCAUAGAAAGAGAGGAGCAAGAGAAACAUAACAGUUUUUAAGAGAACAGAAAGAGGAGAGAGAUUAUUAUACAAGAAGAUUGAUUGGGAAUCAGAAGGAAAAUGGGUCGUCGUAGUCGGUUGCCGUUAGGGCAGGAGCUGAUCCUCUGUGCCAUCAGCGCUGCUUUGAGCUAUGCGAUUUUGGCGGUUGGGCUUAAGCAACUCGACCCAAAUAGAGAGUCUGCUAAGAAGGCUGCAGAAAAGAAGAAGGAGCUUUCUAAGAGAUUGGGUCGUCCUAUACCCUCCAUGAAUUCCUAUGAGGAUAUGGUAGCUUGUGAUGUUAUCAACCCUGAUGAGAUUAAAGUGACAUUUGAGGCAGUUGGUGGUCUUGAAAAAGUUAAAGAAGACCUUCAUGAGCUGAUUAUUCUUCCUCUCCAAAGGCCUCUUUUGUUUUUAAGAGGAAAGCUCCUAGCUCCUCAAAAAGGUGUAUUGCUUUAUGGUCCACCUGGAACUGGAAAAACUUUGUUGGCAAAAGCCAUUGCGAGGGAAUCUGGGUCAGUUUUUAUCAAUGUGAGAGUGUCCAAUUUGAUGAGUAAAUGGUUUGGUGACGCUCAAAAACUCGUUACUGCUGUCUUUACAUUGGCAUAUAAGCUUCAACCUGCCAUUAUAUUCAUAGAUGAGGUUGACAGCCUAUUGGGUCAGCGCCGCAAUACUGAGCAAGAAACCUUAACAAACAUGAAGACUGAAUUUAUGACAUUAUGGGACGGCCUGACAACAGACAGAAAUGCUCGUAUUAUGGUUCUUGCUGCAACCAACAGGCCUUGGGAUCUUGAUGAAGCCAUACUUAGGCGUUUUUCUCGAGCUUUUGAAGUUGGACUGCCAAAUGCUUCUGAGAGGGCCACUAUUAUGAGGGUAAUACUGAAUGGGGAAAAUGUAGCCGAUGAUAUAGAUUAUACAAAGAUCGCACUUCUAACAGAGGGUUUCAGUGGUUCUGAUCUCAAAGAGCUGUGCAGGCAAGCAGCUUAUAUUCCUAUCAGAGAACUCCUAGAGCAAGAAAAGAACGGUCAAGAAACUUCAAAGGUCCCUAGGCCUUUGAAGCAUUCUGAUAUUGAAAGUUCAUUCAUUGCAUCAAAAUCUUCAAAUUUAGCAACUGAAUAUGGCGGGAGAAGGCAAAUACAAGAACCAUCAGCCCAAGGGUCACUGAUGCUCAGGUGGUCUGAACUAGUUAACGUACUCGCACUUUUGGGUGGGGAUUCAAACAGAAUUCUGGAGCAAUGAGUAUCAUUUGGGUUCAGCCCUAAUUUUUCAGAGGGAUUAGACGUUUAACGACAUGUGGUUGCUCUGUUUAAGUAAUUUUAUGAGCAGAUGGCCCCAUAACAAUAGUUCUAGACGCAUCAACAGGUUGAUAGCAUAUUCUUGAUUUGUUGUAAAUAUGAUGGGUUCAUAUAAUUCAAGUUGGGGUUUCUCCCCUGAGGUUUUGAGUGAGUAAGAAAUUAUAUAUAUUUUUUAGUUUGAUAA